AAUUAAAAAAAAAAAAAAAUUGCUGAGGAAGAGAAAGGAGGAAAACGAAACCAUUCGGUGGUGGUGAUGGGCCAAGCGCCGUCGUCUACGGCGGAAUCGAACGGACGAGAGAUUGAUUUGAGGUUAUGGUCUCCGGUGAUUGUUGCUGGAGGAGAAUCGAUGGCUUUGGGAAAUGUUGUGGCGGUUAGAGAUCGGGAUUUAACCGGAGAUCUACCGGAUGAGUGUUUAGCUCAUGUGUUUCAGUUUCUUGGAGCUGGAGAUCGGAAGCGAUGCUCUCUUGUUUGUAAACGGUGGUUGUACGUCGACGGUCAGAGUCGUCAUCGGUUAUCUCUAGAUGCUAAGGAUGAGAUCUUCCCUUUCCUAACUUCUAUGUUCAAUCGAUUUGAUUCGGUGACGAAGCUUGCUCUCCGAUGUGAUCGGAAGUCUGUUAGCUUGAGCGAUGAAGCUUUGGCUAUGAUCUCUGUUCGUUGUUUGAAUCUGACUCGUGUUAAGCUUCGUGGUUGUCGCGAGAUUACGGAUCUGGGAAUGGAAGAGUUUGCUAGGAAUUGUAAAAAUCUAAAGAAGCUAUCUGUUGGAUCUUGCAAUUUUGGAGCUAAAGGCGUGAACGCGAUGCUCGAACAUUGUAAGCUUCUGGAGGAAUUGUCGGUGAAGCGACUUCGAGGAAUUCAUGAAGCAGCUGAGUUGAUUCACCUGCCUGCUGCUGCUGCUGGUUCAUCUUCUUCACUCAGGUCGAUUUGCUUGAAGGAGCUCGUUAAUGGCCAGGUAUUUGAACCAUUGGUUGCUACUACAAAAACACUGAAAACACUUAAAAUCAUUCGUUGUUUGGGUGAUUGGGAUAGAGUUCUUCAGAUGAUUGGAGAUGGUAAGAGUUCUUUAAGUGAAAUUCACCUAGAGAGGCUCCAAGUGAGUGACAUUGGGCUAUCUGCGAUAUCUAAAUGCUCAAAUGUAGAGACAUUGCAUAUAGUGAAAACUCCAGAAUGCUCAAACUAUGGUCUGAUUAAUGUAGCUGAGAGAUGUAAGCUGCUGAGGAAACUUCAUAUUGAUGGUUGGAGGACUAAUAGGAUUGGUGAUGAAGGUCUAUUGUCUGUAGCUAAACACUGCUUAAACUUACAAGAACUUGUGCUGAUUGGUGUUAAUGCAACACAUAUGAGUUUAGCAGCCAUUGCUUCAAAUUGUGAGAAGCUUGAACGAUUAGCACUUUGUGGAAGUGGAACAAUAGGCGAUACAGAGAUCGCUUGCAUCGCUAGGAAAUGUGGAGCAUUGAGGAAAUUCUGUAUCAAAGGAUGUCCUGUUUCGGAUCGAGGGAUUGAGGCGCUCGCUGUGGGUUGUCCUAAUCUGGUGAAAUUGAAGGUAAAGAAAUGUAAAGUGGUAACUGGAGAGAUUGGAGAUUGGCUGCGUGAACAAAGGAGGACACUUGUGGUGAGUAUGGAUAGUGAUGAAACCGAAGCGGUAGUGGUGGUGGAUGGUGAGGUUGAAACCGUUGUCGAGGAGCCGAGGGUGGUUCAAGCAGGUGGAAUUGUGGCAGAGAUUGGUUCAGGUAAUAGUGGUGGCAACAAUGGAGGAAGUAGAUUAGCAACGAUUAGGUCAAAGUUAGGGUUUCUUGCUGGAAGAAACUUGGUAACUUGCACAUUCAGAAGAUGGUCUCAUAAUGAUAAUGCUAGUAGUUCUACUUGAUCAGCUAUAACUAUAAAAACGGUAAUUGUCAAAAAGAAUCUUUGUUUAAGUGAAAUUUCUCUCUUUAUUUGUAAUCCUCUUUCAUUUUCAUGUGUGCAAGACUUGUCGAUUAGAAAAGUCAUUCCGAGGAAGAACAUUUAUUGUAUUGACUAUUGAUUUGGGGUUCGGAUUUAUUUGUUUUCUCUCUUUGGAAUCUCAAUGUUAGUCCAUUGAUGUGAAUGAAUCGUCAGAUUUGCU